AUGUCGCAAUCACACAUGGCAACACCAAGGGGCGCGGCGGACCCCUCGGUCCCAGAGGCCGAGAAACGCGCGAGCUCGCUGAGUCAAGAUAAGGCACAUACAGCCACACCGCGCCCGCCAAAACCUCGGAGCUGUGUCAUUUGUAGGAGUCGGAAAGUUCGAUGCGAUAAAUUAUCGCCAUGUUCAAAUUGCCGUCGCGCAAAUAUCGCGUGCAUUUAUCCGUCCGGAGACCGGCCGCCAAGAUGGGCUCGCCGUCUUGAGCGCGCUGAGCGCCCUGUCACAGGGGAAGUUAUGGACAGACUUCACCAUCUGGAGAGUUUGGUCAAAGAGUUGACUGAACAACUGGAGCAAGCCUAUGCGGCGGCUAAGUCACCGGCUGCUUCAUCAAAUUCACCAGAGAACUCCUCCCAUAGCCGGGAUCCCAGCUAUCAAGAAAAUAGUGGCACCGGUUCAUCAGACAACGUGCAUGAUAAAUUUGGAAGGCUGGUACUGAAUGAUGCUAAGAAAAGCUGUUACGUCGGUAGUGCUUUCUGGUCAUGGGUCAACGACGAGCUCGAUGACCUGAAGAUGGAGACGAGUAAUAUUGCCGCGGCAAAUGAUGAGUCUUCAGAUGAUGAGCUAUCCUACAAGACCCCAUCCACACAGGAGCUUGGACGAACACCAUCUGAUCGACACAUCCCCUUUCUUAUCAAUGUCUUCUCAGAAAAUGUGAACAUAAUCGCCCAGACUGUUCAUAUUCCCACAAUAGACAAGAUGAUGCGCGAUUUGCGUGGUGACCUGUCAAAGCUCACGCCUGCCAAUGAAGCCUUGAUGUUUUCCAUAUAUUAUGCUGCUGUCACCUCUAUGGAAGAGGACGAUGUCAUGAUCAACUUCGGUGUGGCAAAAACAGACUUGAAUCUCAAGUAUCGACUUGGCUUGGAGCACGCCUUGGCGAACGCUGAUUUUCUCAACACACCAGAUCUAGCGCUGGUGCAGUCUCUUGCAAUAUUUCUCUUGCUUGCCCGACGACACGACAGUCCCAGAUACGUAUGGAUGAUGACAGGAAUUGCCAUCCGUAUGGCGAUUGCACUUGGGCUCCAGCGAGACGGCUCGCAUUUUGGGUAUCUGACCCCCUUUGAAAUCGAGAUGCGCAGAAGAGUGUGGUGGUCCUUGAUUGCUUUGGAUGUGAGGACAUCAGAAGAUCAAGGAUCAGACUUUACCAUAAUACUGGGCAGCUUCGAUACCAAAAUGCCCCUCAAUAUAAACAAUGAAGACAUAAGUCCAGAUUCUACUGAGACACCUGUGGAGCGCGAUGGACUUACAGACAUGUCCUUCCCACGAGUGAAUUUGGCAAUUUCUGAUCUCUCAAAGAAAAUGAUGGCUCGAGUCUCCAAGACGACAACGAUGGAAGAGCAAAGUGGAUUUUUGGAUGAGAUGUAUCAGCGUCUCCAAGAUGGGUUCCUUCAAUUCUCAGAGUCGGAGCCAAAUAUCUUACAUUGGGUAUCUACUGCCGUCACUCGACUAGUAAUGGCAAAAAUGACCCUUAUUACAUUUUCCCCUGUGCUUUUCUCUUCUGCGACAGAAAGAAUCUCCGAAGAAAUGAGGAACAAGCUCCUCGUUGCAGCAAUAGAAAUCGCCGAAUACAACCACGCUCUAAAUUCCGAAGAGGGAUGUCGUCAAUGGCGCUGGGCUUUCCAAACAUACACUCACUGGUACGCUAUUGUGUACCUCCUCAUUGAGAUCACUCGCCGGCCGUUUUCGCCCAUCGUGGAGCGGGCAUGGGUAGCCCUUCACAGCAUCUGGCUCAUUCCGACCCAAUCGCACAUGAACAAAAAUCUUCGCGUUUGGAUUCCUCUUCGGAAACUACGACUAAAGGCCCAGCAGCAUCGUGAAUCGGAGAUUCUCCGACUGCGGGCUGAUGCCGAUGCUGUGGCAGAAUUAGAGAAGCAGCAUAACGCGAUCCCAGAACCCUCAAGUCCCGGGUCAUUCCAAACGCAACAAAGCGCAGCAAUCGUCUUUCUGGAAAGAUGGCGUCGACUCAUAUCGAUGCCCCGAGAUGUAUCUCGUCACGAUGCAGAUGGGCAUAUAUCACAUACAGGUGGAGCUCUCCAUUAUGCUACAGACGCCGGCUCGGAGGCACCUUUCGUUCUAAUUAAUAACCCAGUGGCAGGAUCGUAUUCGGUCCCUCAUCAGCCCGCGUUAGAACAAAACCCGGCAGAUGAGCAUCACAUGACGCAGCAAACUACAACACCUGCGCAGAGUGAUACUGAUCUACAUCAGUCAGAUAUGGACUUCCAAUCGAACAUCAUCCCGUGGUUAUGGUCGGACGAUACUUUUCAGAACCCGCUCAUGGACCCAAUUGAUAUUGAUAUGGAACUAGACAGCGGCGAUGUGGAUUGGAAUACUUGGGUGGCAUCUGCUCAAGGCAUGAGCUUUAACCAGGGUCCCGAUUGA